UGAUAAAUGUGUGAACAUUUUGUGUAUUGUUAGAUUAAGUUCAUACAUAUAUCUUUAUCUUGUACAUCAUAGAAGAUGUUGGUUUCAACAAGUUAUUUUUGUCAAUUGUGAGUGAAUGAUAUCGUAGGUGAGAAUUAACUAUGUAUCAACUGCGUUAGAAUACGUAGAGUUCGGUCGCGACGUUGGAUCGCGGAGGGAAAUCCCAGAGUUGCAUCGCAAAGUUCGGUGCUGAGGUUGGGUCACGGGGUUGGAUCGCGUAGUUGAGUUGCGAUGUCAGAUCGCGGAGCCCGGUAGUGGGGUUGGAUCGCGGAGGUCGGGUUUUGUGCUUGCGAGUGAGUGAAAGGAGGAGAAUAAAAGGGCUCCGUCCACCCCACUCAGCAUCCACACUUCUGGAGGACCUCGACCGGACAACACCUUCACUGGACCUGCUGCCUGCUCCUGGACUUCUCACUUGGACUUCUGCUCUUGGAAUCUCACCUUGCCUCCUCUUCCCGGACCUCCUUGCCUUUGUGGACUGGACCCUCUUGCUGCCUUGAAGACUACAAAUUGGGACCCCUGCUACCAGGAUGCAUCUCAACUUGCCUCUUCUGGACCUGCUCCCCUGCUACUCCACGGAUGAAGAACUUUGUUUGGAUUCUGGCUACAACACGACCAAUGUCUCGCCCUCGGACCCAUCUCCGCCGUCGCCGUGGGAUGACGAAGUCGUGGACUGGACAAGUCUCUCCUUUGAACUGAACCGCCUCCUGGAAGAAUCAACUCCUGUCGACAUUGAGGACAACAUCAGCCUCAGCCUGCCAGACCAAUCCUUCCUGACCUCGGAGGACGCCACGGUAUUGCUCACCGCCCAGGAUCCAGCCACCCAGGACGAUCUCAAACGCCUGACCAUCGUCAUCGUGGGACCCAACAACAACGUCGCUCUUCCCAUUCUCAACUGCAUGGACGUCGGCGGAAGCGGGAUUCUCUACAUCUUUCGACCCGUCAUUCCCGGAAUUUACACCGUUACGAUCUGCCACGACGCCACGCAACCCAUUCGAGGCUGCCCCCUCAGGAUCCGGUUUUCAAGAAACUAUCAGCCGUCCAUUCGCCGAAUCCUCACAUGGAAUAUUUCGGACAUGGAACAAUCUUCCGGACUUCGCAACCCGUGGGGAAUCUGCUAUAACACAAAAACGGAACAACUCUGGGUCGCUGACCGGGUCAACCACACACUUAUCGUCUACCAACCGGAUGGAUCUCUGGACUUCAUCAUUGGACAAUUUGGAGCUGGACCAGGAGAAUUCUUCAGACCCGUCGGCCUCGCCUACGAUGUCCACUCGGAUCGGAUCUUUGUUUCCGACAAGGACAACCAUCGCAUUCAGAUCUUAAACGCCAAGGACGGGUCAUUUUUGGGCGCCUUUGGGAGACGAGGACAUCUGGCUGGACAAUUCCUUUACCCGUGGGGAAUAGCCAUCUCUCCGGACGGAUCCACGGUCGCCGUGGCAGACACUCGCAACCACCGAAUCCAGUUCUUUGAUGCUGCUGGGACUUACCUUCGGGAAUUUCGAGUUGGUGGAAACUGGAAAGAACACAAGUCGGUCUUCAACUACCCCCGUGGACUGGCCUUCAACCUGACGGGGGAAGUUCUCUUCGUCUCGGACUUCAACCUCCACCAAGUGAACCAGCUGCGAUUCACGGAUGCCAAACUGACCCUGCUGCCCUUCAUCCCACCCGGAAUCCUCUAUCGCCCAUCCGGACUUCAGGUCGACGAAGCUGGGAACCUGAUCGUGGCCGACACGAGAAACAACGUCCUCCGAGUCUUCACCCCCACCGGAAUCCUCAUCCGAACCAUCACCACCAUCCACGGUCCCCUCUACGCCAACGCCAACACCAGCCUCUCAGCCCCCACGGACGUCGCCAUCCUCCCCAAGACUGGAUUCAUCGCCGCCCUCGACAACGAUGGACGCAUUACAGUGUUUUAAUGUUAAUUAGUCUGUAACCUAGUCUUAAAAAUUUAUAAAUUGUAACAGAUUGUAUUUAACACAAAAAAUUUUGACUGAUGA